GCCACAGUUUCUCUGCAUAAUGCAAUGAACGUUUCCGGCAACCUCUGCGAUGUUACUUCGGGCAUCUCAGCUGGGACUGCGGGUGUCGCGGGGGCUCCUGUUCUUCAUCUUCUACAGCCUCCGACAGCUGGAAUAUUCCUUUCCGGCUACUAUCCCCUUCCUCACUCCACGCCAACUGCCACACAGCCUAUGUGA